CGCCGUCACUUGUCCACCUUCUCCAUCCUCCAGCCGCCGUGGCCCUGUGAACCCAUCAUGGACCCGCUUGAACCCAUCGGGGCUCGAGCCAGCUCACGCGCCGCCGCCAUUAGUGCCCGCCUCCGCCGCUCGCGCCCGAGCUCCCCUCACCAUGCCGCCUGCUCACCCUCACGCGAGAUCUCUUGUCGACAGAUGAGCUGCCAGAGACCGCAACUGGAACAGGCCGACCUCACCGCCUCCUCUCCUUUCUCCUCCAUCUCUCUCCCUUUCCACUCUAACCAUCUCUCUCUAUUGCAGUCAUGGAUAGGCGACAUGGACGCCGCCCAAGCUCGGAGCUCAUGCCGCCACCUAGCCUCGCUGCCGCCUCGGGCCAGAUCCGGCAGUCAUGGCCCCUCCCACCGCUGGAUCCGGCCCGAUCUGCCCACCUGCGCCGCUACCCUACUGUUCGUCGACCCCGCCGCUGCGCCGAACCGUCCCCAUGGCCUCUGCUUCGCCUGCUGGCAUCUUGCUGUUUUGGCAGAUUACAAUCAACACAAGUUGUUCAGGUACGUGAUAGAUUAUGUUAUAUGUAGCCAGUUUGCUUGAUACUUUGUUCAUGUAAACAUACGUGCAUCUAAAAUUGUAAUUGCUUCAUUCUAGGCAAUGUGUUUGGUUACAGAUAUGGGAACACAUUUGAUUAACUAAAGAAAUGAUGGUUGGGAUCCACUCUUUUAAGAUGCCGAAGCCUUUUGCACCAAAAAUGGCAUUCAGAUCCUAAAUAUGGAUGCCAUCUUUAUUAAAUGGGGUAAAAUCAAGAAAAGGUGGGACAAACAAUGUCACUAUUGAUCAUUUUUCCAUGUGGUCAUGUUCUAUGAUGUUAUAGACUCCAUCGCCACAAAGGUUGAUCUUCAUUUUAAUGAGGUAUCUUCAAAGUUGCUCUGGAACUUCUCUUGUCUUGACCAUAGAGACUCAUUUUCUAGGUUCAAUGUGAAAAAGCCUGAGACACAUAGAAUUAUCAAGAGUAUUUCUCUUGGUAUGAACGUGAACCUAUAGAAGAUAACCUAGAGCUAUUCAUUAUUCAUACGAGAAGAAUUGAAAACAUGUCAUGAUAUUGGAAGCUUGGCUAGAAAGAUAGUUGAACUUGAAUGAUACAACAUGUUUCCUAUGAUUUAUCUCCUCAUUGAGUUGGCAUUGCUAGUACCAGUAGUGAUGAAAACAAUUGCAAGAGCCUUCUCAGCAACGAAAAUCCUUAAGACCGAGUUGAGCAACAUGAUGUCCGGUGGUUGGCUGAGCUAUUCGGUGGUGUGUUACAUUGAGCGAGGAGGGAUAUUCAAAAGUCUUCAUCGUGGUAAACUAAGAAAGUUUUUCAAAAAAAUGGUAGGUCAUUACCAUUGCUUGGGUCUUCUAGACAUCAUUGAAAGUUUCAUUAUCGGUAUGUUUUCGAUUAACGAGUAAAAUUUCUCGCUGUGUUGCGUUACUGGGAUUUGAUAUGCCUCGUUGAGAAUAGCAAUGUUUUGAACAUGAUUGAGAUUUAU